CCCACAACUAUUCUAAGUUCCCAAUCAAAGCACCUCUCUUUGUCUCUGCCCACUCCAGACACAGACAGACUCAUCUAUACAAAGAAGUCAAGGAGAGAAAAGAUCAGCUACCUCAGAUUAUUGAGCAUUUACAUGGAUGAGAUAUGGAAGCUAUCAAAGAAGGAAGGUUCAUUUAGCCAUUCCUCAAUUGCCUCCAAGUCUCUAUUCUCAAGGAGUUCUUCAACAAAGAUCUCUUCUUGUAAUUCUCCAUUCACGAGGAGUUCUUCAACAAAGAGCUCUUCUUCAAAGUCCCCUCUCCUGAGGAGUUUUUCCCUGAAGAGUUCCUCUCCAAAGUGCCCUCUUCCCCGGAGCUUCUCGCAAAAGAGCUCUUCCAUCAGCCGCAAAUGUAGUAGCUUAGCAAAGGAACAAAAGGCCAGGUUUUACAUCAUUAGGCGCUGCGUCGCCAUGCUUGUUUGUUGGAACAAGCAUGGCGAUUCUUGAUUGGAAGACAAGAAAGAGUAUAUCUCAUAGAUUUGAGUGCUUGCUGUUGCUUGCUCUUUGUUCUAAAACUCGUAUAAAUUUUCUUGCCCAUCUGAUCUAGAAAAGAUUAGUGUCAUAUUUCUUGA